AGUUUAAGCGCCAGUGUGGUUGUGAUGAUCUCCAGACGGGAAAGCCAAAAACAAAAAGAGUGGACGAACCCUCCAACUUUAUAAUACUCGAAAAACCUCAAACAAAGGAAUUAAGACAACAAAACUCUGAAUGUUAGGACGACUUAGUGCCAGAGAGAGCUGAGCCCUGCCGUGGACGCUCAUCUUCCCAGGUUUUUGGCUUGCAUCACCCCCCCGUCUGAUAUUGGACACACCGGUUCCCCUUCCUUCUGAGCAGCCACAUGGGCCGCCUUUUCCUCCAACAGGAUGAUGGCACAUCAGUCAACCUCGUGCUCGAGGCAAUACAUCACAACCCACUAUGUUGUGAGGAGGGUAGUACAUGCUGUCUCAGGCAGGCUGGUGCAACUCACUUGCUGAAUGGCUGGAUCCAUUGGCAAGGGGGUCGAGAAAUGUUGUUCAGCCCCCCAAUCAAGGGGCAACUUGGUUAUGGUGGUUCCAAAAGCCACCGCAAUGUCAACACUCUCGUGUACGAAUGUUUACGAAGCAUGGGGAUUUCCCACACGAAGAGGGAGCAGCAAGCAGUAAACGGGCAUGGACUUUGUACGAAAGUGGGGGAUGACGGCGAUGAGAGCGUCCUAGCGCUGCGAUGCCAUCUGACAUGGAGGGCGGUCUUCGGGACCGAUGUUAUGAGCUGGCCGAGUGUUGGUGUUGGUGGGGAGGCUGAGUUUGGGAAUCUCUCACUUCUCACUUACAACAUGCACGGCCGUUUCCCCCUCAAGUCAACCUUUUCCCAAACAAACGGCUCCAAGUCGUCGAUGAGGUAG